CGGAGUUGCUGAGCGCUUGCCCGAGGCUCUAGCUGGGUCCGUUUGCAAGUGUAGCGGCAGCUCUGGCCAUGAAGACCCUGUGGAUGGUGCUGUGCGCUCUGGCGCGGCUGUGGCCCGGGGCCCUGGCUGGCUGUGCAGAGGCCGGCCGCUGCUGCCCUGGCCGGGACCCAGCCUGCUUCGCCCGCGGCUGGAGGCUGGACAGGGUCUAUGGAACAUGCUUCUGUGACCAAGCCUGCCGUCUCACCGGGGACUGCUGCUUCGACUACGACAGGGCGUGCCCAGCUCGCCCUUGCUUUGUGGGAGAAUGGAGUCCCUGGAGUGGCUGCGCAGGUCAGUGCCAGCCCACCACGCGUGUGCGCAGGCGUUCAGUGCGUCAGGAACCACUAAACGGAGGGGCGCCCUGCCCACCCCUGGAAGAGAGAGCUGGCUGCCUGGAGUACUCCUCAUCACAGAGGCAGGAUUGCGGGCACUCCUUUGUUCCUGCCUUCAUAACUAGCUCUGCCUUCAACAAGAAGAGAAUAAUACAAGCAGUAUCUCCACAGUGGUCUACACACACUGAGGAUGCUGGAUACUGUAUGGAGUUCAAGACAGAGUCCCUGACUCCUCACUGUGCUCUGGUCAACAGUCCCCUGACUCGAUGGAUGCAGUAUCUCCGUGAGGGAUACACAGUGUGUGUAGACUGUCAGCCACCAGCUAUGAACUCUGUGAGCCUACGUUGUUCUGGAGAUGGUCUGGACUCUGAUGGAAAUCAGACUCUUCGCUGGCAAGCCAUUGGCAACCCUCGAUGUCAGGGAACCUGGAAAAAAGUGCGUCGAGUACAACAGUGCUCAUGUCCAGAUGUGCACCGCUUCAUUUUCAUAUAGAGCCCCUGGGAGCUACUUCCCAGCAUGCGUGUGAAUGGGCUGAGUAUUGACAAGCUGCAUUCAAAGCUUCUGAGGCCUCCAAAAGCUGCACCAGGGACCUGGACUCUCGCCAUUGCUACGCUUUGCCACUGAGAAAGAAAAUUUAGGGAUAGCUCUCAAGGUAGAUCACCGUCUCUUGGUUUUUAUUUUUAAUGAGUUAAGGACUCAUACUAAAAGCUCCUAUGGCCUGUAGGCUUUUACCUUACAUUUGGCCACAGCAUACAUGUCUAUACUAGAAUCACUACCAUGUGCUCCAGUUUGGGGCAAAUUGUUGUUUAAGGCACCUAUGUUCUCUCUUUCUCUCACCCUCCCUCUUCUAAAAAUUAAAGACAGGUUCUCACUAUAUAGCCUGAAGUUCGCUAUGUAGACAGACUGGCCUCUAAUAGACAUCUGUCUGCCUCUGCCUCCUAAAUGCUGGGAUUGAAGGCACGCGCCACCUCGCACUGUUAUUCUUUGUGUCUAUUGCUUUUGUGAGGGGAACAGGUCAAGACAGAGUUUCUUUGUGUAGCCUUUGCCAUCCUGGAACUUGUUCUGUAGAUCAGGCUGGCCUCUAACUCAGAGAUCUCCUGUUUCUGCCUCCCAUCUUCUAGGAUUCAGGGCCACCUAUACUUAAGAGCUUCUCACUUUAAAAAAAAACAACAAACAUAUAUGUGAACUUUUAACAAUAAAGUUCCUAUAC